AUGGAGAAAAGCGAGGAGUAUUUUGAUUGGUUUGACUAUCACGGCACGGAUGACGGCAAAAUAGACGAAGAUUCCGAAAGAGAAUCGCUAUUUAAGGAGGUCUUCGACUUCAUUUCACUAGUUUUUUUCAUUAUAUUUUGUAUUUCAUUCUGCCUGAAUAUAGUUCUCACACAAUUUCUUCACAAAAGCCUAAAUGUAUCUACGGAAUUGACCUCGUACCACUUAAUUACUCCGUCGUGGUAUUUACAGGCUCGUUUAGAUUUGCGUCUUUUUGUAUUCUUCAUGAUUUUGCUUACAUUUGAGUAUCUACAGUCUACACUCUUUUAUGGUGCAUUUGAAGCAAUCUACCGUUAUUUGACAAUUUUUGUGUGGAUGCUAUUCUACUGGUUCCAUCUUGGAAGCGAGUUUGUGUACUCUAGGGCAAUAUGCCUGUCAUUUGUAAUAACCUCGAUUGUCUAUGGCUUGUUGUCGUUAAUGAUGAUGUUUUUUGAAGAAAACUUAAUUAGCUCAACCCUGAAAUCAAAAAUUAAAAGAACGAACAAAACCGAGGAAAUACUGAAGACAUUUAAAAGAUUUGCAUAUGAUAUAUCCCAGCAGCCAGAACAUGAGCGGCAUACAUCGGCAGCCUCUGACGUGUUCUCUAUUGAUUUUAAUACCAUAGUCUCAUACUGCAUAGUUUACGAUGAAGGCAGUAGCAUGCAACAUUCACAGAUAAAGCCACCAGAAAUAUGGAAUGUCAAAGACGCAAUCAGGCUUUCCAGGGACGUGUUCUUGAAAGCGGCGUCCGAGGAAAAUGAAAUGAGUAUUGAAAAUCUAAGAAGUGUUUUUGAUGAUUCAAACAUUUUUGAAAGAGCAAAAUCAUAUAUCGAUAUUAGUAGGAAGAAAAGUGUCUCAAACAAAAAAUUCAGAGACGUUGUUGUAAGCUUCUACUACAACAGAUUGUCAUUGGCUAAGUCUAUAAAAUCGCAGAUUUUAUUUGUAGAUAUAAUACGAAGCCUGCUUUACACCAUAGUCUUUGCGUUUCUAUCUAUUAUUUAUCUUAUAAUCUUUGGUGUUGAUAUUAAGGAAUUGUUUGCUGUUGUUGUGUCGUCGGCAAUAGCGCUUCAUUUUCUCGGCAGUGCAGCAAUGAAGGAUAUAUUGAGAGGAAUAAUGCUUGUUCUAAGUCAUCGAUUCGAUAUUGGCGAUGAUGUCGUAAUAGCCGGAGAAGAGAUGACAGUUUACAAUAUUGGGAUCAUCUCGUCUUCAUUCAUUCUUGAAAACGGUGGAAUAAUUAAACUUUUCAACUCCGAACUGUGCAAUAAACCCAUCGUCAACGUGACUAAUGCGCCAGAGAAUUUACUGAUAUUUACGUUUGAUUUGCCAUCGGUAAUCUCAGAGAUAAAACUAAAUAAGUUUAAGAAGGAAAUCUCGGAAUACCUGAAACAACAACAGAUUGAUUUUUAUGACAACUUUGUGUUGAGCAGCCCAGGUUCCAGUUAUACCGAUAUUAAAACACUCAAAACAACCUUAAUACUGAAAUGUAGAAUUAAUCACAGUAGAUCAAGAAAAUUUGUACUUAGAGCUGACAUUACUUCGUUUUUAAAUACACAAAUUGACGAAAUAUUCAAAAUAGAUGCAGCAGACAUAAAAGCGUGA